CGAGACAAAUAGCAGAAUUCAGUUCGGCAAGCUUGCCCAAGUCCUCUAAAAUCGCAGCCUUUUCUUCUUUCCGUUUCCUGGCCUUCUCUUCUGCUUUACGAACACGGCCUUCUAGAGCUUCCAUAUCACCAAGCUUCAAUUUAAGUUCAUGAUUCUCUUCAAUCAAUCCAUCAAACCUUGAGUCACUAUCCGGCUCGUCAUCAACCCAUCGGAAAAAAUGGCAACUCUUUUUGUCAUCCUACAGAAAUGGAAGAGGUGAAUCGAGAUCCAGUUGGUCGAAAACAAAGAUGUAAACUUGGAUUUCAACCUACCUUCCAAUAUGGACACGAGAAGAACAUUCUUCCAGGAUUUAAGCUAGUGCGGGAUGUAUUGAUCACACAAGGGGCUUUGUGCACUUUACAACGAAUGGUGCCUGUGUUCGUCGAACGGGAAGAAGUGGAGCCUUCGUCGGCGUUUUUCACGGAUCUCCUCGACAUGUCUCUUUCUUUCUGCAAACCUUCGACAACGACAGCGACGUCGGCGGAGGAGGAGGCGGCGGCGGAGGCAGUGGCGGCGGCACUGGGCUAUUCUCUCCUUCUUUCGUCGGUGGUGGCCGUCACGAUGGAGGAUAGGAGACGAGAAGAAGAAGAAGAAGAAGAGGAAGAAUGAGGGUAGGGUUAGGGCAGGGGCGGGCCAGGUGCUGGUGCUGCGUUUUGUUUAUUUAUUUAUUUUUUUUUUCUCCAAAAUGAGUAAGGAAAUAAAAUGGAAUAGGUGGA